GCAUAGCGGGGAAACAACGUCUUCCCGAUAAUAUACUGGUCUAGGAAUUUUCUACUGUAAUCUCUAAGAGAUUUUUUUGUGCCUCUAGCACAUCUCAUAUUGUAUCUCUAUAUAUGCUUCGUUUACUCAUCUAUUAAAUAUCACUGAUAAGCACCUUAUAAAAGAUACGUGGUGAAUAACAUGUCUUUAAACGAACAAAGAAAACUUGUGAAUGUCUACCUGAGUUUUGUCAGACUGUUAGUUUACAAUUUGUCUUUGGGACUCCUUAACUGUGGUUAGCCCAGGUUAUCAUUUGAAAUGAAUAUUGACCUUGAUUUGAUGUGAUGGCUUUUUUUUUUUUCUUUUUUUACCAUUUCUUUUCUUCUCUGUUCCUUUGUGUGCUGAAAUGGAAUGUGAACUUCAUAAAUGCCACUUCUGCCAUGGCAAUGCCUUCAUGCAUGCUGUUUGGGUUUGGCCAUGCUAUUCAUUAUCCAUUGCAUAAUCCUAAAUCCCAGGAGCCAGUAACACUGGAUUUUCUAGAUGCUGAACUGGAAAAUGAUAUUAAAGUUGAGAUUCGAAAAAAGAUGAUAGAUGGAGAAAGUGGAGAAAAAACUUUUGAAACUCUGGUCAAGUCCCAAGAUGAGAGAUACAUUGACAAAGGAAAUCGAACAUAUACAUGGACUGCUGUGAAUGGCACUGAUUACAGUUUGGCAUUGGUGUUACCAUCGUACAGCUUUUAUUAUAUUAAAGCUAAAAUAGAAGAACCAAUAACUCAAGCCAGAUAUUCAGAAACACUGAAGCUUGAUCAUUUUGAUGAGGCUGGCUAUACGUUUAUAGCACCAAGAGAAUAUUGUACUGAUGUAAAGAAAUCAGAAAACAACACUGAAUUUUUAUUAAAUUUCAAUGAGUUUAUUGAUAGAAAUACUCCAAGCAGUCCAUCAUGUAAUACUGAUAUGGUCAUUAGAGUUCUGCUGGAUGCAGGAUUUACAAAUGAACUUGCCCAAAAUUAUUGGAGUAAACUGUAUCUUGAUGGAGUUGUUGCACAGUUUGUUGUUACGGAUGGUGGAAUUACCAGAGUGUUCCCCAAAAGGGCAGGAGAAGAUUGGUUGGAAAAUGCAGAAACUUAUGAAGUCAGUUUCUAUAAACGAAGUUUAGAUAAUGACAACUAUAUUUUCACAGCUCCAUACUACAACAAAAGCGGUGCCAAUAGCUAUGAAUCAGGUAUUAUGGUAAGCAAGGCAGUGGAAAUAACAAUUAAUGGAAAACUUCUGAAGCCUGCAGUUGUUGGAAUAAAAAUUGAUGUAACCAGAUGGAUGGAAAAUUUCACAAAAACCACAAUCAAGAGCCUGGUAAGCAAUUGACCAAGUCUUUUUUGAACUUUAUGUUCAUUUCUCAAAGUUUCAGAUGCAAAUAAGUCUAACAGCUUUUUUUUUGUGCCAGAGCCACACUGAUGCAUAUUUGCCAAGUGGUUGUGGUAUUUAAAUCAUCCAAAUGCACAAAAUACAUCUAUGUUGAAACAGGCUGUAUUUUGUACGUGUCUUGCUUUCAUGAUUAUAGAACAUGGAUAAAGACAAAGAAAAAUGUCAUACUCUAGCCUGCAGGCAGCUUACUAUAAUCAUUCUCUAUUAGUGAAUAAAACCUGCAAAAUAAUUUCCUCCCCCCUCA